AUGAAGAACGGAAAUUUGAGAGGGAUGAUGCAGAACACAGGUGACAAAGCGGAGGAGAAAGGAAAAGGUGAAAACGAAAGGGGUACGAAAAUAGCCGAAGAAAAAGAAAAAAGGAAGGAAGAGAAAAGGGCAAAGGAGAUUCAACGGGGGAGGCAUGUGAAGGCCAGAUCUCACAGCCGUACAACAGAACAGCCCGCACUGCAGCCCGAUACCACGUUACUUGAUAUUCAUGGAUAUCCCGCCUUGACGGCAUGGGUGUUUCAAAUUAGCAAACGCGACCCAAGUAUUGCAGAUUGGUGCAAGGUUCAGGUACCACAACUGUCUAGUGAGAAGCCCUCAGAUCCUGAUAUGAGAUAG